CUUUGACAAUUAGUUAUAAUGGCCUGAGAUUUAUUUUUACACGCUUAUAAUUCUUUAUAUUUAAUUUUCUAUUAGUUUAGUAUAAUAUAAAAGAAGUUGGUGCUUGUUAUUGAAAGCUAAGUGUGUUGUGGAUAGGUUUGCCUGCGUACUGUGCGGAGCAGGCUGGGACGGACGACACAACCAGACGUCAGACACAAGGCACUAGGUUAAAAGGGUGCCAUAAACUGGUGCUUUAUUUAACGUAUUUUCGCAGAACAAGACAGUGACAGGGGCCGUGGUGGGUGCCUGCGUGUGCUGGUGCAAGCUUGGUGCCUGCCGGGAGGUGCCUGCAGUGCCACAAGGGAUAAUAUUGAUACAAAUGUAGAGGGACGAAAUAGGGAAGCAGGAAGACCACCACCAUCACCACCAUCACCACCAGCAGUGUGGAAGAAAGUUUAGAGCAAUGGCAACCCUCCGAUCCGGCAAGCAAGUUUGUGGCAGCGAUGGCGGUGGCGGCGGCAGUGGUGGUGAGGUGGACGGCAGGGACAGAGAGGCAGUACAGGCUGCGGACAUCAAGGAGAAGAGGAACGCACGGACAAGCAAGGUGUUAUUCGGCAGUCUGAUCCUGGACCUGCUCGGCUUGAAGGUGGUGCUGCCCGUGUGUCCUGCUCUCCUCGACUGUUACUCCAAGCACAACACCAGCGGCUUGUAUUCCUCUCAGCUCUCCUGUGUGACUUAUUACCAGCAUAUCAUCGGUUUCGCUGCGAGGUUCCAUUCUGUCUUGUUUGGCACUGAUUGGCGUGACAUUCAGCAUAGGCUUCACCGUCGGGCACACUGUGGGGGCUGCGUUCUCCCGCUGGGGAAGUACUGGGUGGUUCGCGGCCUCGGCUGUCUACGCACGCACUCUCACUGUGGCUAACAUAAUAUUCUUUGCUGUCUUCUUCCAGGAAUCGCUGCCUGAGGGCAGAAGGAGGAGGGACAUCGGUGCCAGUUUGACCGAGGCUUGGGAGGUGAUCAAUCCUAGGGCUCUGUUCUCCGUCAGCUGUGUCAAGGGCCUGGGCAGAGAAGGUGUGUGUGUGUGUGUUUGUAUGUUCAGUAUUGUGUGUUUGUUCGUGUUUGUAGUAUUGUGUGUGUGUGUGUGUGUGUGUGUACUAGCAAAUAUUCCCUUAUGUUUACUCCUGAAACACACACACACACACACACACACACACACACACACACACACACACACACACACACACACACACACACACACACACACCACCUGUUCCUCCUCCUCCUCCUCUCCCUUCAUUCAUACACACACACACACACACACACACACACACACACACACACACACACACACACACACACACACACACACACACACACACACACACACACACACACACACACACACACACACACACACACACACACACACACACACACACACACACACACACACACACACACUACCUCCCGUUCCUCCUCCUCCUCCUCUCCCUUCAUUCAUAAACAUCUGUCUUUCUCUCUCUCUGUAGAACGCAUGAAAUUAAUACAACUUAGCCGAGUUUACUUCCUCUACCUGUUCCUGUAUUCCAGCCUGGAGUUAACGCUGAUCUUCGCGACCCACCACAAGCAUAGUUACGACUCGUUGGCGCAGGACCGCAAGUUUUCCUUCCUGGGCCUGGUCAUGGCAAUUACACAGAGAGGGUUUAUGCGAAGUGUUAAGACUGGAACUGAAAAAGCAACUGCCAAUUAGGCACACACCUACAUUGUGAUGCAGCUCCUUGGAGGUGGAGAGCUGGCUGCCUCAGAGGAUCAGGAAACACGAGAGGUUCACAGAGGCUCGCCUCGGGCUUCGGUCGUCGUGAGGAACCUGGUGUCAGCAGUUCACUACGUGCACAGGAAAAGCAUCAGUGUUCACGGAGACCUAAAGCCAGACAGGGGUGAAAAGGGUUGGUGUUGAGGAUAGACAGAAAAGAAAAGAAAGGAAAGGUAAAAAAAGGAAGUUUUUUUGCAUUGAUUUUCCAUCUGCUUAUUUUAAAGAAUUUAUUGCAUGGAAUAUUAUUGAUCUCCAUCAUUUGUAUGGCCUUUAUAAUAAAAAGUAUGAAUUUA